AUCAGUGCUGAUUUGUUGUUUUGGUGUUCUGCGUGAGUUAGUAACGGCAUAAUGUCUGGUCGUGGCAAGCAGGGAGGUAAAGCCAGAGCGAAGGCGAAGUCUCGCUCAUCUAGAGCCGGUCUCCAGUUCCCCGUUGGCCGUGUUCAUCGUCUGCUCCGCAAGGGCAAUUAUGCUGAGCGCGUGGGGGCUGGGGCGCCAGUCUACUUGGCGGCCGUUUUGGAGUAUUUGACCGCCGAAAUCCUGGAGCUGGCUGGCAACGCGGCUCGGGACAACAAGAAGACGAGGAUCAUCCCUCGCCACUUGCAGCUGGCCAUCCGCAACGACGAAGAGCUCAAUAAACUUCUCGGCAAAGUGACGAUCGCUCAAGGGGGUGUCCUGCCCAACAUCCAGGCUGUCCUUUUGCCCAAGAAGACGGAAAGCCACAAAGCCAAAGGAAAAUAAAAUUCGGGCAAAAAAAAAGCACCUUGAACGCCGAACCCAAAGGCUCUUUUCAGAGCCAC